UAAGCUCGUGCAUAUUUUUCUUGUUACUAUUUUUUUCUCUUCGGGUAUUUUUUGGACUGGUUUUUGGAUCCAAUCCGGAGCCCAAAACCUCGCCAAUUUCGAGUUUCCAUCUCUGCAGUUUUCGUCACCUCUUCCUACCUACUUUGCCUACUCUUCCUCCACUGUCCCUCUUCUGGCCCCGACUUUUCUCCUUUGCCCUCUUCCCCAAUCACUUGUUUGACUCUUUCGUUUAGGGUGCCUUUCAAAAUCUAGCAAUAGGAUUCUGGCAUGAGUCGUGUCCCUUCCCUCCAAAUAUAUACCAUAGGACAAGGGAGGAUUGGGAGCUGGUAUUGGCAAAGGAGCUUGAGCUCAGAGAAGGCUGAUGGAUCCAGGGCAAAGAUUAGCAGUAUAGCCGUGGAUGCAGUAAGACUACUUCUAGUAGGCAAGGACUAUUAAUAGGCUGGCAUGUCAGAGAGGUCAUAUAAGACCAAAGAUGCUCAUCAUGAUGAGCUUACUACGUCUCAUCGUGGUAAUCUAGAUACAGUUGACAUGGUAGGCAUAUAAUCGGGUCACUAGAAAUAAGAUUAUUUAAGAGUAGAAAAAAAUGAGAGAGAGAGGAAGAACACGAGAGCCAGGCAGCAGAUGGAGAGAACGGCAGCGACGGCGAGCACAGAGCAGAGGUCAGAGCAUCAAGCGCAUGCAGAACAGAGGAAGGGACGGAGGUGGGUACGAUCGUGUGUUGUAUAUCCAAGCAACGGUUUUCUUCUUCACGAACUUUCCAAACGACUGGAGCUAUGAACAAAUGUGGAGAACUUUCAUCAAGUUUGGACGAGUUUAUGAGGUUUACAGCCCACUAAGGAAGACCAAGGAAGGGAGCAGGUUCGGUUUUGUCCGAUUCUUGGAUGUAAAAGAUGAAAAGAGUUUGGAGAGGCAGUUGGACCAGAUAUGGAUCGGUAAUCAAAAACUCAGGGUUCAUCCUCCCCGGUUCAAGAAGGGUUUACCAACCGACUCGAUCAGUGGAGGUUGUGCCAAUCCUCCAAGAAAGACUAUAUAUGGAAGGGCUCUUUUCGAUCAAGCCCGAGCAAUGGGAGGAAAGCUAGUGCUUUUAGAUUCUGAAGAUAAAGAGGCACUGAAAGACUUAAUAGAGUCCGCCAAGGACUGGUUCAACCAAUGGUUCGAUGAGGUCCAACCUUGGUCACCAAAGAUGGUGGCAACAGAGAGAUUCGUGUGGGUUAAGUGCUAUGGGGUUCCUCUUCAUGUUUGGAACCCAGAAUACUUCACCAUCAUUGCGACACUAUGGGGGAAGUUUAUUUCACUGGAUGAAAGCACUAGAUUGAAGAAGCGUUUUGAUGUGGCUAGAAUUCUUAUAUCCACAUCAGAGACGAAUCUUAUAUCCAAAGCACUCUGGUUCAAAAUUAACGGCCAAUUUUUUUGCAUUAAAUGCAAGGAGGAGGAGACUACGAGUGGCCUAUUUACCUUUAAAUCAGAUUUUGUUCCGAAUUGCCAGUCGAAUUCUAAGGAGGAAGGUUAUGAUUCAUGGUCUUCGAGUGACCCGUCGGAGGAUAUGAACCAUUUCUACAACGAUGAUGGCUCGAAUGGUGAUACUAAUGCUCCAUUUACAGAAACGUUUGGAGAAGAAGAGGAAGACGUGGCAUUCAGCAGUUGGCAGAAAGUUGAAGAGUCAGUCCUGGAGUGGAACUCGACAGACCCUAUGAACACAGCUGGCAUCAAGGACGACUGUGAGGGGAAUUUGGACAAGACAGCAAUCUGUUCCCAAGACAAUUGUGUAGCAGAAGAUCUAGUGGAUGCAGGUGAAACAAGUAUUGCUAUGCCGCAAAACUUUAAUAACAGAGAAGCGGGGCAUUUGAAAAGUUUGUCAAACGGAGAUAAUUCAAAUUUUGAAAAGGGGAAGAUAUCUGAAAUUGGUCCCAAUUGUAGAAGGAUGGAGGAUGUGGGUAAUGAUAUCAGAUUGGAUGGCAUGGAAAUGGGCCUGGGCUACUUUGAAUCCAAUAAGAAGCGGAAUAAGGCCGUGGUUUCAACAAACAAAAACAAGGGGUCAGUUGGAAUCGGAGAAGAAAAAGACUAUAGUUCUGACGGUGAUUCAUUUUGGUUAGGGCUCGAAAGCGACCCUGACAAGAUUGAAGAAUGGAAGAGUAGAGGUGAAAGGAAGAACUUGAGGAAAAAGGGAAAAGGCAAGAAAAAGAGAUCCCGCUCUUGCUUGGCUGUGUAUAAAGACUCAUCUCGAACUGGUGCAGAUGUUAUUUUGAGAGGGCGUCGAGGACGAUCUUGCACGAGGAAGAAAGUGUUAGAGAAGAUGCAUGUUUUCCUCCCAAGUCAGUCAAAUCCUGUCGCAGGUAAAAGAAGGGAAGUUAGGGACUGGGUGGUGAAGGAAAAGGUACAGUAUCUAGCCCUACAGGAAACAAAAAUGGAAGGGAUGGACAGGCAAACAUGUAGAACUUUAUGGGGCUCAGAUAAUUUCGAUUUUGUGGCCAAGCCUUCUUGUGGAAAGUCAGGUGGUCUACUUUGUGUAUGGGAUAAUAGUAUUUUUAGUAUGGAUAGAACUAUAGAAGGAGAAAAUUAUCUAGGGUUGUUUGGUUUUUGGGGAUUGGAUAGAACUCCAGUAUUUUUUGUUAACGUUUAUGCCCCUUGUGAUGUCACUAGAAAGAGACAAUUGUGGAGGGAGUUGAUAAAUAUAAUUGUCAAUAACAGAGGAAACUGGUGUGUCAUGGGAGAUUUUAAUGCCACCAAAAAUCUGCAGGAAAGAGUAGGGAACAACAGUUCAACUAAUGGUAUGAAAGAGUUCGAGAAGUUUAUGCAGGAGUCAGGGUUGGUGGAUAUUCCUUUAGUUGGCCGCAAAUAUACAUGGUACCACCCAAAUGGUUGCUCAAUGAGUCGCCUAGAUAGAUUCCUACUCUCAGAAGAGUGGCUUUUAAAUUGGGCUGAAGUUAAACAAUGGGGAUUGAGGAGGUCCCUAUCUGACCAUUGUCCUGUGAUGCUGAGAGAUGAAAAGUUAAAUUGGGGACCAAAACCUUUCAAAUGCUUUGAUAAUUGGUUUCAACAACCAGAUUUUUGUGAGUUGGUGGCUCAAACUUGGAGAACGGCUUCUGUACAAGGAUGGAAAGGAUACUGCCUGAAGGAGAAAAUAAAGUUAGUAAAGAAGAAAAUAAAGGAGUGGAAAGGGAAUGAUCAACCACAGCUAGAAAAGAAAAUAAUUGAAGGAUUAGAAUGCAUUGAAACACUUGACCUGAAAGGGGAACAAUCUUCACUUACAGAACAGGAAGCAAAACAAAGAAAAGACCAAUUUUAUGAGUUGUGGAAAAAUAUGAAGAUUAGAGAAGGCUUUUUGAGGCAAAAGUCUAGAAAACAAUGGUUGAAGGAGGGUGAUGCCAACUCAAGUUUCUUCCAUAAAAGCAUUAGAAGCAGGCAACGACGAAGGGAGUUAAUCAGUAUUCAAGUAAAGGGGAAGCAGUUGAAUGACGUUGCAGGAAUCAAAGAAGGAGUUGCUGAAUUUUUUGAAGAACUAUUUAAGGAGGAGAAAUGGACAAGGCCAACCUUGGAUGGAUUAUCUUUUUGCCAGAUUUCUCAAGAGCAAAGUGAUUUAUUAGUUAGACCAUUUAGUGAAGAGGAAAUUCGAAUGGCGGUAUGGGAUUGUGGGUGUGAUAAGGCUCCUGGGCCUGAUGGAUUCAACUUCACUUUUUUUAGAAGAAUGUGGCAAGAAAUAAAGGAGGAGGUGGUCGACUUCGUACGAGAGUUUCAUGAGAAAGGCAGGUUAGUGAAAGGCUUAAAUGUAUCCUUUAUAACUUUAAUCCCAAAGGUGUUAAAUCCACAGAAGAUAGAAGAAUAUAGGCCAAUUUCACUCAUUGGAGCUUUGUACAAAAUCAUUGCAAAAUUACUAGCCACUAGACUACGCACAGUAAUGGGAGACAUCAUUGGGGAGAACCAGAUGGCUUUCAUAGAAGGCAUGCAAUUAUGCGAAGGAGUGGUAGUAGCAAAUGAAGUUAUUGAUGAAGCUAGGAAAAAGAAGAUGAAGAGUUUCUUUUUCAAGGUGGAUUUUGAGAAGGCCUAUGACAAGGUUAACUGGAAUUUUCUAAAUUAUAUGAUGAUGAGAAUGGGAUUUAGUGAGAUAUGGAGAAAAUGGAUCAUGGAAUGCCUUCAAACUAGUUUGUUGUCAGUAUUGGUGAAUGGGAGUCCAACUAGACAAUUUGGAGUUUCGAGGGGGCUAAAACAAGGGGUGCCUGUAGGUGGAAACCAAAAGGGUUUAAGAAUGUGGCAGCCUUUACUUGACUCAAUAAAGAAGAAAUUGUCAGGUUGGAAAAAUAGAUGGUUGUCGUUCGGUGGCAGGAUCACACUUCUCAACUCUAUGCUCACAUCACUCCCUGUUUUUCUCUUAUCAGUCUACCUCGCUCCAAAAGGUAAAUGGUGGGGUAGACUAGCAGAGGGUAAGGAGAACUUAUGGUUUAGGCUAAUUAAAGAAAAAUAUGGGUCUAGAAAAGAUAAUUGGUGUGGGUGGGUGAGGGAAGGUAAAGGUAAUGGGUCUGGAUGGUGGAGGGAUAUAUGUAGGUUGGAUGUUUUGGAAGAUAAUAGAAGAGGGUGGUUAUUGGAUGGUUAUGAGCUUAAGGUUGGCAAAGGAAAUAAUGUUAGCUUUUGGAAGGAUAGUUGGAGCAAUGUAGGAGUGCUUGCUAAUGCUUUCCCAAGAUUAUACAUGCUAUCUACAGGAAAGGAAAGCUCUAUACAGGAAAUGGGUAGCUGGAAAGGUGAAACAUGGUCGUGGAACUUUGAAUGGAGGCGAAGCUUGUUUUCCUGGGAGACCGAACCACUACAGGAUUUAAAGCAACGGAUCGAUAUGACUGAUUUCCCAAAAGACAAGGAUGAUACUUGGAUCUGGAAGGCGGAGAGCAAGGGAUUAUAAACAACGAAAUCAGGAUACAGCAAACUUGUCCAUCAACAACCUUCAUCACAAGAAUCAUUAUUUAUAAGGUUAUGGAACAGUCACAUUCCUAACAAAGUUUGCGGGUUUGC